CCCGCCGCGCCCCGCGCCCGCCCUUGCUAGCAGGCACCUCCCGCCCCCUGCAUUGCUGAUGCUGCUGCUGGCAGACAUGGACGUGGUGAAUCAGCUGGUAGCUGGGGGACAGUUCCGAGUGGUCAAGGAGCCCCUUGGCUUCGUGAAGGUGCUGCAAUGGGUCUUUGCCAUCUUCGCCUUUGCCACAUGCGGCAGCUACGACGGGGAGUUCCGGCUGAGCGUGGAGUGUGCCAACAAGACAGAGAGUGACCUCAGCAUCGAGGUUGAAUUCGAGUACCCCUUCAGGCUGCACCAAGUGUACUUUGAUGCACCCACCUGCCGAGGGGGCACCGACAAGUUCUUCCUAGUGGGGGACUAUUCCUCAUCAGCUGAAUUCUUUGUCACUGUGGCAGUGUUUGCCUUCCUCUACUCCAUGGGGGCCCUGGCCACCUACAUCUUCCUGCAGAACAAGUACCGAGAGAACAACAAAGGGCCUAUGCUGGACUUCCUGGCUACAGCAGUGUUUGCCUUCAUGUGGCUGGUUAGCUCAUCUGCCUGGGCCAAGGGCCUGUCCGAUGUGAAGAUGGCCACAGACCCAGAGAACAUUAUCAAGGAGAUGAGUGUGUGCCACCAGACAGGGAAUACAUGCAAGGAGCUGAGGGACCCUGUGACCUCAGGCCUCAACACAUCAGUGGUGUUUGGCUUUCUGAAUCUAGUGCUCUGGGUCGGCAACCUGUGGUUCGUGUUCAAGGAGACAGGCUGGGCCGCCCCGUUCAUGCGCGCACCUCCCGGCGCCCCCGAGAAGCAACCAGCACCCGGGGAUGCCUACGGCGAUGCAGGCUACGGGCAAGGCCCAGGAGGCUAUGGGCCCCAGGACUCCUAUGGGCCCCAGGGCGGCUACCAACCCGACUAUGGGCAGCCAGCUGGCGGAGGGGGCUACGGGCCUCAGGGCGACUAUGGGCAGCAAGGCUACGGCCCGCAGGGUGCACCCACCUCCUUCUCCAAUCAGAUGUAAUCUGGUCAGUGCAGCCCAGGAGGACCCUAUGGGUAGGCAAGAGCUCAAGAGAAGGCCUGCCCCCCUUCCUAUCCCUUAAUAUCCUAGGUCUCCACCCCUCAAGCCAGGAGACCCUUACUGUCUUUGCUGUUUAUAUAUAUAUAUUAUAUAUAAAUAUCUAUUUAUCUGUCUUAUCCCUACCUUCACUCACUCCCUUCAUGCACUUUGGGCCCAGUCUUGAGUGGGCUCCUCCCUUACACCUGCCUCUGCUUCCCACAGCCCCUCUCUGUUCCUUGGUCCUGUCCCCUGAGGUAAAGGGGCUCUGGAAAAGGGACAUGGAGGGAACCAGAUUUCUGCUACAUGGGGCAAGACUUCAAACUCUCUCCCCUGCCCCCCUCCCUUCCUCCUAACCCUGGUCCCUCCAGCAAUGCCUGAACAGAAGCUGUGAAGGGAAGAGUAGGAGAAAAGCAGGUUAGGGGUGGGGGCUUGGUGUAAACAGAGCCAAAGUCUUGGAGAGGAGCUCUAGAAUAGAAGGGACUAGUCAGUAGAGGGUUGGGUUCCAGGCAUGUGGGAUCUAGAACCUAAAAGGAAGGGGUGCCAUUAGAGCAUUCUGGAAAGGGGCCUGAGGGUGUGGCUCUAGGAAGGGCAUGACUCUAAAGUGAGGCAGCCGAUGGGAUCCAGAGUGGGCGAGGCUUCAGUUACAACCAUGGUCUUUAGAAUAGCCAACUAAGCUUGAUUCUAAAGAUCUUGAACAAGGACAGAAGUGCGAUUCAGAAAUGGUCUAAACUUGGGAGGAGGUCCUGGUCAGGGUUCCUGAUGGGACGGGACUUAGAGUGAAAAGUGCAUGCUGGUUUAAAAGCCCUUCCUCCAAUGGGGCAGUUAAGAAAAUAUGGUUUAAAGUGAGUACAAUUUGUGAAGCAGGUAGGGAGGCCUUGGUUAGCAGCUGUGAGAUGAGUUUGCUAAGGGAAUUCCCUUGGGCCCUGAUGACAGAGGCAGCCUGAAAAUAUCUGAGUGAUAUGGUUUGGCAGGUGAGGGGUGGGACCCAGCAAGAAAUGCCCUUGCCUAACCCGGUGAGAGACAACUAGGCGACAGAGAACAGAGCCAAGGGGUCUGUGGGACAGACCCCCCCCCUGUUGUCCCUUUCCCUGCCCCUUCCUCCACACUCCCACCAGUACUGUCCUGGGGUAGUUGGAGGCUGGGUCUGGAGCCCCCCAUCCCGAACCUUCUGCUGUGUCUGUGAUGUCCGUAGUGCCUGUGAUUGUGUGUUGCCAUUUUGUCUGGCUGUGAUCCCUCCUUCUCCCCUCCAGACCCCCCUUUCCUGUGCCCUUAGGUAUUGUUUGAAAACCCUCUCCCCAAGAAAGAACAAAUAUGAGUAAUUCUCCCCCAAAUAAACUCCUCAACCAUCUA